GGGACUCGCGUUCUGAAAAUCUACCCCCUUGGCUUCAUGGAACCCAUGAACCAUGCCAUCUCCCGGCUACUAUCCUUCUUCCAACCUCGCGACACAGGCCUGACCACCUCUCGGACCAUCUGGAUUGCCAUUGGAGCUUCACUCCUUCCUGUCGUGCUCGCGCCCUAUCAGCCUUUCGCUUCAUCACCGACGCUCACCGUCCUCGCUGAACUGCACCCCUUCCGCCUCUUUCGCAUCAUGGAGUGGCUGGGCAGGGCAAAGAUCAAAUACACUCACGCCACCGCGCCUUUACCUCUGCGAGAGAAAGAUGGCUCGCAAACGGACCUGUUGAAGGUCUGUGAGAGCAGUGUGCCACCCUGUCAACUAAACCCUCUCCUCUUCAACGGCCACAUGCAAACGUUCUACACCUCGGUCAAGCAGGCCGGUCCUUCCGUGUACUACAAACGAAAGGUCUUUGAGGCCGAUCAACAGACCUACCACGGCACCUUCGCCGUAGACUUCGCCGUUGAUGCCUUUGAGGAGACGGAUGACUCGCUUCCGGAGCGGACCGUCCAUUUCACGGACGAUGAGUUUGCAAGCCUUGGCUCCAAUGAUACCAAGCCCCAAUUGAUCGUCCUUCACGGCCUUUCCGGCGGCUCUCAUGAGAUCUAUCUGAGGCACGCCAUCGCGCCUCUGCUUGAAGAAGGCAAGUGGGAUGUGUGUGUCAUCAAUUCGCGGGGUUGCGCGCAGAGCAAGUUCACCAGCGGCGUUCUGUACAAUGCUCGCGCAACCUGGGACAUUCGACAGUACUGCGGCGAGGAGGGCCCGAACUGCCAGCUUCGCGCCGCCGUUGUGUGCUCCAACCCCUUCAACCUCGAGCUUGCCAACAAGUCUCUGCAGCGAACUCUACUGGGCAAGGAGGUCUAUCAGCGGGUGAUGGGCACAAACAUGAGAAACCUCAUUGUGGGGCACAAGGACUCGCUCAGCAAGUUUACUGACCUCAACUACGAACGAAUCGAAAAGGCCACUUACAUCUACGAAUUCGAUCGAGAAGUGCAGUGUGCCUCUUGGGGGUAUCCUACCGAGGACGCAUACUAUCGCGAUGCAUCGUCGUGCGAUGCAGUGGUCGCCAUCAAGAUUCCCUUCCUUGCGGUACACGCAACGGAUGACCCGAUCGCUGUCGAUGAAGCCGUUCCGUAUCAGGAGUUCAAGACGAAUCCGUACACCGUCUUGUGCACGACUUCUCUCGGCGGACAUCUGUCCUGGUUCGAAAUGGGUGGUGGACGCUGGCAUGCGAAGCCGGUGGUUAACUUCUUGAAUCGCAUGGCCUUCGACAUUGACCUCGAGAGUAUCAACCACGAGCUUGCUUCUGGCAGCGAGGCGAAGCAGCCUCGGUACCUGCCCAUGGUGCGCAAGAUGGAGAUUUGCAACUUCCAGAAGGCCUGGUAGAGUACACGAUAUGUGAGCAUGCGUUAUGUUUGAAACUAGAGUAGCGUGUCAAAUAGAUCUUGAGUUAGAUUUCGGAUUUUUUCGGACCGUAGAAGCCGAGAUGAAGGUGCGAGAAUCACGAACAAAAGAAAAGACCAUUGCUAAGCUUUGGGUAUUUCGUCUCCAUUGCUCGUCUUGAGGCCUCUGCAGGACCUCGCGCCACCAACCCGCCACUCGUCAUGGCAUCUGCAAUAACGCCAUGCCCGAGUCUUAAAAGCCACAAGAAGAUAAUUGUUUUCCGACCCCGCCUGAACGCCGAACAUGAUGCAUACUACAGUUUGCGAAACCCACCCCUCUGCUGACAGGUGCCGUUCAGCCGGCGAAGGAGACGCGCUUCUUCGACUUGGGCUUGGUGGCGCGGGUGCCCGCCGC